AUAUCGCUUCCAAAAACCAAAACUACCCCCAAGCAUCGAUUUCCCAUCCGACGGCCAGGAUCGGCGAUCGUCACCACCCUUCAGAAAUCAGAAACCGCCCUUCUUCGGGUCCGACUCCGACGCCAUCGCCGCCGCCGCCGCCGCCGAAACCACGAACCCUACCCCCCGGCGGCGCCGCAGCCGCCGCGCCGGAGAUGGCGGCGUACCUGAGCAUGGGAGAGGCGCACCGCCGCAUCGCCGACUACCUCUCCCGCGUGGCGGACUCCGUCUCCUCGUCGGACGGCGCCGCGCUCGCCUCCCUCCUCGCCGUCUCCUCCGCGCAGGCCCCCGCCCCGCUCUCCGACGCGCUCUCCGCCUUCCCGGACUUCCCGCGCCUCGCCGCCGACCGCUACCCGCACCUCUCCGACCUCCUCCCCCCGCUCCUCCGCGCCAUCCACUCCCACUCCCUCCGCCGCUUCGCCGACGCCUACUCCUCCUUCGAGAAGGCCGCCAACGCGUUCUUGCAGGAGUUCCGGAACUGGGAGACGCCGUGGGCGAUGGAGGCGAUGCACACGGUGGCGCUUGAGAUCAGGCUGCUGGCUGAGAAGGCAGAUAGGGAGCUUGCAACGAGUGGGAAGAACCCUGACAAGCUGCAGUCUGCUGGGUCCUUCCUGAUGAAGGUUUUCGGUGCACUCGCGGUUAAAGGGCCUAAACGCAUUGGAGCACUCUAUGUUACCUGCCAGCUAUUUAAAAUUUACUUCAGACUUGGAACAGUUCACCUUUGUCGCAGUGUCAUAAGAAGUAUUGAAACUGCCAGGAAUUUUGAUUUUGAAGAUUUUCCAGUGAAAGAUAAGGUCACUUAUAUGUAUUAUACCGGCAGAUUAGAGGUGUUUAAUGAGAACUUUCUUGUUGCAGAUCAGAAGCUAACUUAUGCUUUGGUGCACUGUAAUCCUCAGUAUGAGUCAAAUUUGAGGAGAAUUUUGAAGUUUCUUAUCCCAGUAAAGCUUUCAAUAGGUGUUUUGCCAAGAAUAACACUACUGGAGAGGUACAAUCUGCUUGAGUAUGCAGAUGUUGUGACCUCACUUAAGAGAGGAGAUCUCAGGCUUCUUAGGCAAGCACUCGAAAGGCAUGAAGACCAAUUCUUAAAAUCUGGUGUCUACCUUGUAUUGGAGAAGCUUGAACUUCAAGUCUAUCAGAGAUUAGUUAAGAAAAUCCAUAUCAUUCAGAGGCAGAAGGAGCCAGCCAAGGCACAUCAAAUUAAGCUAGAAGUCGUUGUAAAAGCUUUGAAAUGGCUUGAAAUUGACAUGGACGUGGAUGAGGUGGAGUGCAUCAUGGCGUGCCUAAUAUACAAGAAUCUCAUUAAAGGAUACUUUGCUCAUAAGAGCAAAGUUCUUGUCCUCAGCAAACAAGAUCCUUUCCCAAAGUUGAAUGGGAAGCCUGUCUAGUUCAUAGUCGCCCCUGAAAAGAAUUAACUAUCUCCUAUUCUGUUGUAUUCGGCACAUGUUUUUGUAAAACGUUGAAAAACUAUUGCCUGACAGUAACAUUUGUAUUAUUGUAACAGUGGUGUUUGUACUAGUGUAACAAAGAGACCAUUUCGCACGGUAAUAAAUGACACUUAUCUACAGUCUGAAA